AAGAACUUGAAAAUAUUUUUUAAAAGUUAUAAAAAUCUAAACACUAUGGCUUCAGCUUCAAGUACAAGUGCUCGAAGUUUAUUUGUUGAGUCAAAAAUGAGAUUAGCUGAUAGAGUACAAGUUAAUGUAAACAAUAUUGCAUCUCUUGCAAGACAAAUACAAAGAGGUUCAAAAAGCAGUGAGAUAUUAAUGCAUAGUGCAAAAAAUUUUGCACAACAGGAACACAGUCUAGAAACUGCAGAAGCUAAUUUAAAGAAAACUGCUCUUAUAACUAGUCAUUUAGAAUAUCAAAUGGAAUCUAUCAACCGAAGUUUUAUAGCUUUAGAGGAAGUUACUGAACAA